CAGUCAAUGAAGCAGCGUCAUGUCUUAGGGGACAAGGUAGGCAUCCUCUCUGCGUCACAGAGGCGUCACCCCCCACCUUUUAAGUCUGUCCAUGCUCCGUCUGGCAGCCUCCCUGACAAACAGUAUCACCAACUGACUCAUAAGCUGUUACCUAAACACAAACUAUGCAGAUGUUCUUUUGCUGAAAUUAAGAAUGUAACUUUUAAUUAAAGACUUUAGACAUUUGAAGUCCAACCCCAAACUGUAAACACAAGUUUUUUUGAGCUAUGUCAGAGGACAAAUGUGAACGAAGCAGCUGUUUCCCCGUGCAGGUUUGUUUGGCAUUGCUUUGUUGUUAAUGAGAUAAACUCUUACGUCUUCAGCUAAACCUGUUUGAGGACCAGCGGGAUCAUCGGUCAAAUCCCCAUAAGAGCAGACUGGGACAGAGCAGAGGUCUAUACAUGCGCGCACACUAAAGUAGUGGAGGCGAUGCAACGGAUGGACCCUACACUCAACAGCUUUGACAAAUGAUACCAACAGCUGAUUGACACUACUUGCAGAUAAAAGCCUGAAUUCUGGUUCAAAAGUAACGAAGAGCAACAUCGCCGACUUGUCCUGGACUUUGAAAGAGUCUUGAAAACGGCACUUGCUACACCGCACAAACGACAUCAGCACAAGACAGCUCUUAAAAAAUGGAUUCCCUAAUGUCGCUUGGCGCUCCUCUGAAGCAGUUCACCAGCUGUGUGUCAGGCAAGAAACCCCCCGCCAAGAGAGGGGCCAAGGAGAGCCAGCCUGUCCGCAGGAGCAGCUUCAGCCGCAGGAAGAGCGUCAGUAGGAGGAGAAGCCUUCCCUGUAGCAGCCAGAAGGUCCCGGACUCCUGGCUCAGGAUGUACCAGGCUGAGCUGAAGAGAGAAAGGAAACGACAGCAAGCCAUACUGGCCAAGAAGAACGCAGAGAGGACAGUGAGAAGGACUCACUUCAGAAGCCACCACUGCCUCCCGAGGAAGACCACCGCUGCCAGAAAACCAGCCCCAGUGAAGGACGAUUCCUUCUUCGGAGCCUUCCAAGGCCUCAGUCUGGAUGAACUGCUGGGAGGCAGCAGUGGAUCUCCUGCUGUCUCUGUGUCAGCAGGUGGUGGAGAUCAGUGCAAAGUCAUGUGAGACCUCACAUUUAAGGACAAUCAAACUGUAAAUAUUCUCAUGCAUGAGAGACUUGAAGGACAAAAGGGCUCAUGGUGGAAAGGUGAUUUGCAAAUGACACGGAGGCUCACACCUUAUAACCCAAGAAAAGGCAGAAAGGCACUUAAUUGUUAUACUGUUUUCAUUUCUUUAGAUUUUUUUUCUUUUAGAAAAGUUAAUAUUGCUUAUUCGUAAUUCUCUGAUGAUUGUACUCUGUAUUACUCUUUGUACAGUUUCUGUCUACUUGUUUUUGUGAAAUAUGACUGUUAUAAAAUUGAGCAAAUCUGACACAUUGGUCUUGAAUAACUACAAUUUUAUUGAUCCAGCGUUGUCACUCCUGAGCUGCUUUCAUUGUGUGGACUUAUUUGAAAUCCAAAGCAGGAACUUAACAGGUAAAACAAUUUUAUUCAACAUAAAUAGAAAAUUAUGUGCAGCAAACACCAGUCAGGUGUUUUUAAUGACAGUAUUUUAAUGAAUACAUAUAAAACAUGCAGAACUAAGACAUUAAAUGUAAAUCCUGCAUUUGUACUGUGGAAUAUUUUCUGUGAAUUGGUGGACGGUCCAGAAAUCUGUUCCUGUUCUGCUUUGAUCUGAGAGCACGUCAAGGUUGUGUGUGUGUAUGUGGUCAGCAUAGUACUGGCAUGUCAAGUAUCUGUAAUACAACCAGAUCCCCAAUAACAGUAACGCCACAUACCUUUAGAACUCACCCCUCACAUCUAGCUAUAGCUACCUAUCUAAUGUUUCUUCACGUUAGACUCUGCUCUUUAGACCACUGUAAUGUAGGCUUGUUCGGACCAAGCUUUAUUUAGUUAUAAAAACAAAAAGAAAAAAACAAUGACAAACCACAUUUUUCUCAUCAGUUACAGAACUGUAAGAUGCAGCAUUUCUCUUUCUUACAUGAGGAGAGUAUGAUCUCUGGGUCCAGAUCACAAAUAUGUACAUUAGAAAAACCAAGUACAAAACUAUGUUUG